AUGCUCCCAUUGAUGCAUCCAGAAGCAAGAUGUAAGGCAGUGGCAGACUCUGCAGUGGAGGCUGCACGAGCUAUGGCAAAUGCAGCUCAAGAAGCUGCAGAAGCAGCAGCAGCUGCAUUACAAGCUGCAGCAAAAAUAUCUGAAGAAGCAGAAAAGGCAGCCAAGGGCUCACAAGAAGCAGGAAAAGAAGCAGCAACUACAACGCAUUAUUCCGCCUCUAAAGUGGCUGAGACAAAGAUUAAGGCUGACCUGGAAAAAAGAGCUACAAUCGACCAAAAUAAACUGAAAUUAGCUGAGAACAAAGCAGCAGCGGCUAUUACUGCAGUGGAGGAAGCUGCUGCAGAUGCAGCAGCAGCUAUUACUGCAGCAACUGCAGCAGCAGAAGCAGCUGCAUUAGAAGCAGCAAAUUUUGCAGCCAAAGCAGCAGCAACAGCUGAGGAUGUUACUUCCAACAAAACAGUCACAAGUGAGUGCUAG